GUAUGUAAUGAGAUAGACUAUUGGUGAAAGGUGGCGGGUAUCACCGAAUUCCAGCAUUGGACCACGCCAAAUUUCGGUAUAUAUACUUCGAGAGGAGAGGUCCAGAUUUAUUCCAUUUGGUUCGUUCAAUCAUGGCAUUCAAAUUCGUAACUUUCGCCACCCUUUUGGCUGUUGCCCGUGCUGGCAACUUGGGAUAUGCCACAGCUCCAGCUGUUUCCUACUCUAGCAUCUCAGCUCCAGUUGCGCACUACGCUGCACCAGCUGUAGCUCAAGUCGCAUCUUACGCAGCUCCAGCUGUAUCUUACUCUAGUGUCUCAGCACCAGUUGCCCACUACGCAAGCCCAGCUAUUGCCAAAGUAGCCACCUACUCUGCACCAAUUGCUCACACCUACUCUUAUGCUCCAUCUGUCCAAACCUACUCAGCUCCAGUUGCCCAUACUUAUGCCGCCGCCCCAGUAGCUUACGCUGCCGCCCCAGCUAUCACCAAAUACGCUGCUCCUCUUGCCUACGCUACCCCAGUUGCCAAAACUAUUGUUGCCGAACAAGAAGCACCAGCUAACUACGAUUUUGGAUACUCCGUCAACGACCCCCACACCGGAGACAGCAAAUCCCAACAAGAAUCUCGCCACGGUGAUGUUGUCCAAGGAAGUUACUCCCUCAUCGAAUCCGAUGGAACCAAACGUACCGUAGAAUACACCGCUGAUGCCCACAAUGGUUUCAACGCUGUUGUCCACAAAGAACCAGCAACCGUAGCUGUCAAAACCGCCGUACCAGUUGUAGCCAAAUACGCUGCACCAGCUAUCUCCUAUGCUGCCCCAGUUGCCAAAGUAGCUUAUGCAGCUGCACCAGCUAUCUCCUACGCUGCUGCCCCAGCUCUUUACCAUCACUAAGUGUUAUAUUUUGACUGAUUGUUAUGUAAAUAGAACUGUAUUUAUUAUGGGCAAAAAUGUUCGAGUGAUUCUUGAAUAAAUGUUCUUAUAUUCA